UUUACUUCCUUUCCCCACCUAUGCGUGAGCUCGCUGGUUCUCGAAGGGGGUGGGGUGAUUAUGAAGCUACGCUCUUGAAGGAGCUGUUCCCCUCGCGGCCACAGGGGGAAGAGGCAGCAGGACUGAUGCCUCGUGGAGCUGCCCUGAACGCUCAGACUGAUAUUGUUUGGAGGCCGUCUCUGUCGGGGAAAUGUUCUCCUUGUCCCCGGCUCUGCUCCCCGCAGACGUGGGGGGAGUCUGAGCUCCUUUGUCGCCACCUCCCUAGCGAGUGUUGGCGGCGGCGGGUGGGGGUGGGGUGGGGUGUGUGUUAGGAGGGGGCGAGGCUCAACAUGAUGGCGGCCGAGGGCGAAGAGGACGUCUCGGUUACCUCCGUCAGGAUGAUAGGAACCGUUGGCAGAGCUGAGCUGGGGAACUGCCCCACUCUAUGGAAGAGCAAGGAACUGGGGUCUCAGAGCCACUUCCUGAUGGGCUCUGGUGAAGACAGCUCGGGCACCGGCGGUCCGGCUUUGUGCUCGGCGCUAGGGCUUUUGGCGCUGGGCUCAGGGUCUGCCCCUCUGGCGUCCGCAGGUGGUGGUUCCGUGACACCGACUGGCCAGGGACUGGAGGUGUCUGGAGGGGCACUGCCCGAGCCCCUUCCGGACACCGUCGCCUUUUCUCUGCUGCCAUUACAGCCGUCUUCCUUGGCGGGGGGGUUGGGAACUGUGGACGAAGGCGACUCGCUGGAUGGGCCGGAAUACGAAGAGGAGGAGGUGGCCAUCCCGCUCAACGCUCCCCCCACGAACCAGUGGUAUCAUGGAAAACUUGACAGAGCAAUUGCUGAAGAACGUCUUUGGCAAGCAGGAAAACCUGGAACUUACCUUAUUCGAGAGAGUGAUCGGAGACCGGGUUCAUUUGUGCUUUCGUUCCUUAGUAAAACAAAUGUAAAUCAUUUCAGAAUUAUUGCCAUGUGUGGAGACUAUUACAUUGGUGGACGUCGCUUUGCUUCACUCUCGGACCUAAUUGGUUAUUACAGUCAUGUGUCUUGUUUGCUGAAGGGGGAAAAACUGUUCUUUCCAGUAGCACCUCCAGAGCCUGUGGAGGAUAGAAGGAGAGUUCGAGCAAUUCUACCAUACACCAAAGUGCCAGAAACUGAUGAAAUAAGUUUCCUUAAAGGAGAUAUGUUUAUUGUCCAUAAUGAAUUGGAAGAUGGCUGGAUGUGGGUUACGAACCUACGGACAGAUGAACAAGGUCUUAUUGUAGAUGACCUGGUAGAAGAAGUUGGAAGAGAAGAAGAUCCACAUGAAGGCAAAAUAUGGUUCCGUGGGAAGAUCUCCAAACAAGAGGCUUACCAUUUGCUGAUGACAGUUGGUCAGGUGUGCAGUUUUCUUGUGAGGCCUUCAGAUAAUACACCUGGUGAUUAUUCACUUUAUUUUCGGACCAGUGAGAAUAUUCAUCGUUUUAAAAUAUGUCCAACAUCAAACAACCAAUUUAUGAUGGGAGGCAGAUAUUAUAAUAGUAUUGAUGAGAUCAUUGAACAUUAUAGGAAAGAACAAAUUGUUGAAGGAUAUUACCUUAAAGAUCCUGUUCCAGUGCAGCAUCAAGAACAAGUGCUUAAUAAUACGGUGGAUGGAAAAGAAAUCUACAAUACAAUUCGUCGCAAAACAAAGGAUGCUUUUUAUAAAAAUAUUGUCAAAAAAGGUUAUCUUCUAAAAAAAAGUAAGGGGAAGAGAUGGAAAAACUUGUACUUUAUAUUGGAGGGAAAUGAUGCCCAUCUUAUUUAUUUUGAAAGUGAAAAACGAGCCACAAAACCUAAAGGUUUAAUAGACCUUAGUGUGUGUUCCAUCUAUGGAGUACAUGACAGUUUAUUUGGCAGGCCAAACUGUUUUCAAAUAGUAGUUCAGCACUUCAGCGAAGAGCAUUACAUCUUUUACUUUGCAGGAGAAACUCCAGAACAAACACAGGACUGGAUGAAGGCUCUGCAGAUGUUUUGCAGUUUAAGAAAAAACAGUCCAGGGAAAUCCAAUAAACGUCUACGUCAGGUCAGCAGUCUUAUUUUGCAUGUAGAAGAAGCUCAUACACUCCCAGUAAAACAUUUUACUAAUCCGUAUUGUAACAUCUACCUGAACAGUGUCCAGGUAGCAAAAACACAUAUCAGGGAAGGGCAGAACCCUGUAUGGUCAGAAGAAUUUGUCUUUGAUGAUCUUUCAUCUGAUAUUAAUAGAUUUGAGAUAAGUCUUAGUAACAAAACAAAGAAAAGUAAAGAUCCAGAUAUAUUGUUUAUGCGUUGCCAAUUAAGCCGAUUACAGAAAGGACAUGCAACAGAUGAGUGGUUUCAACUCAGUUCCCAUAUACCACUAAAGGGUAUUGAGCCAGGAUCUUUGCGUGUUCGAGCACGAUAUUCUAUGGAGAAGAUCAUGCCAGAAGAGGAGUAUAGUGAGUUUAAAGAGCUCAUACUUCAGAAAGAGUUGCAUGUAGUCUAUGCCUUAUCACAUGUUUGUGGACAGGAUAGAACACUCUUGGCUGGCAUUUUAUUGAAGAUUUUUCUUCAUGAAAAGCUUGAGUCACUAUUGUUAAGAACACUAAAUGACAAGGAAAUAAGCAUGGAAGAUGAAGCUACUACUUUGUUUCGUGCCACCACUUUAGCAAGUACACUUAUGGAGCAGUAUAUGAAAGCCACAGCAACACGUUUUGUUCACCAUGCACUGAAAGACUGUAUAUUAAAGAUAAUGGAGAGCAAGCAGUCCUGUGAGUUAAAUCCCUCAAAAUUAGAAAAAAAUGAAGAUAUAAACACUAAUUUGGCACAUCUACUCAGUAUACUUUCAGAAUUGGUGGAGAAAAUAUUCAUGGCUGCAGAGAUACUACCUCCGACACUGAGAUAUAUUUAUGGAUGUUUGCAGAAGUCUGUUCAAAACAAGUGGCCAACUAAUACCACAAUGAGAACAAGAGUUGUUAGUGGCUUUGUUUUUCUUCGACUGAUUUGUCCUGCUAUACUGAACCCAAGGAUGUUUAAUAUCAUCUCAGAUUCUCCUUCCCCUACUGCUGCAAGAACGUUGACACUGGUCGCCAAGUCUGUGCAAAAUUUAGCAAAUCUGGUUGAGUUUGGAGCUAAGGAGCCAUAUAUGGAGGGGGUAAAUCCAUUCAUCAAGAGUAACAAACACCGUAUGAUCAUGUUCUUAGAUGAACUUGGGGAACUGCGGAUUGCUCUUGGCCUGUCGCACAGAAUUAAAGCCAUCAAAUGUCUUGAGGGGUUGGAAUCGUUUAGCAUUGCUGUAUACAUGAGAUCUCUUUGAGCUUUUCCCUGAAGAUUAGGGCUUUUGGCCAAAACUACCCUUCUUUUAUAUUUUAUGACAAAUUACAUGUAAGAAUUUGUUUUAUGGUUUUGACCAGACAUUUAAAAAAAAUUAUUAUUUUUAAAAGUAUUAUGUUCAGUUGCAGUUAUACAUUACCAAACGUGUCUCUGCAUGUAUUCUAGAUCUUGUAUUUUAAAAUAAAAUAAUAAUUGCAGUUCACUUCAAAACUGUUACUGUUUUGUGUAUGGUAGCUAUAAUAAGAGUACGGAGCUCAUGUUUGUGCAUAUGUCUAUAUGUGUGUGUGUAUGUCUGUGUGUAUACAUGUUUAAAUUGAGAAUUUGUUUUAAAAAAUAAGAUGAAAGAAAUGUGCCUAGCUUCCUGAAUUGAUCCAUUAAGUGGCCUAGAAGACACAGCACAAUAUUUUGAUAAUCUGUAAGAGUGAGUGUUUGAAGCGUGUCAAUUAGAUCAGUUGCCAUAUGUCACCUUUUUCUGGUUAAAUGGCAACUUCUUACAUAUAUUAUGAUAUACUGUUUUUUCUUUAAAUGACAGAUUCAAUACAAGGACUCUGAAAACUCUUCAUUUUUAAAAUAACUGAUUAAACUACUGCUGUAAUAUGAAUCUCUAUUCUCAGUAUCUUUCUGGUCAGCUUAGAGGCAGCAUAGCAACAUCAGACCUUUUAGUAGAACCCUCCUACUAGGAAUAGGAAUUGCUGUUUAUUUAGUAAUCACUCCACAUGAAAUGUGUAACCAUAAUUAAAAUGUCUUUGUUAAAUAUAUGCUUGUAGAGUGAAGGAAAUAUAUAAUUUGUAUUAUAUAACAUGAACAAGAAAACUUAAUUUUGAAGAAAAACGUUACAGUACUU